CAAAACCCUAAGCUGCAUUUUUUCCUUUUGGGUUUCGAUUUCUGGUUCAUUCAUUUUCAAUGGAAGCCGUAGCAUCAAGUAUUGCUGACGCAAUGCUCUCCUCUCUGUUGGACUAUAUAUUUGAUAGAUUAUUUGCCUCGUCAGAGUUUCUCAAGUUUGCCCGGAAAGAGCAAGUUUUGUCCCAACUCAACAAGUGGGAGAAGCUGCUACCAAAGAUCAAAGCCUUUCUCGAUGACGCAGAAGAUAAGCAAACAGUCAAUCCAGUGGUGAAGCUCUGGCUCAGCGAUUUAAAAGACAUAGUAUAUGAUGCUGAAGAUAUCAUUGAUGAAAUUGCCGCCGUGGCCCUGCGCCAGAGAAUACUGGGGGAGACUCGGAUGAUGGGCACCGAUAAUAAGGUAUGCCAAUUUUUCCCAAGUUGUUUCACCUGUCUGAAUUUAAGUGGUGUUAAGUCUAGUGCACGGGUGGGUUCUAAAAUAGAAGAUAUCACUGUUAGAUUUGAAGCUAUGGUUGAGCAGAUAAAUGUUUUGAAUUUGUUUGAGAGAAGAGGUGAAGGGAGAUUGGAGAGAGUAAGGGAGGGGUUGCGUUUGACGAGUUCUCUUGUUGAUGAAUCUCGGGUUUAUGGUCGGGAAAUGGAUAAAGACGAGAUUAUUCAACGGUUGAUGAAUGUUGAAAUUGGUGAAAUUGGUGUGGUUUGUGUUGUGGGAAUGGCGGGAGUGGGUAAAACCACGCUUGCUCAGUUAGUAUACAAUGAUGAGAAAGUUGAAAACUUGUUUGAAUUGAGGGUUUGGGCUUGUGUCUCUGAGGACUUUGAUGUUGUUAGGGUGACUAGGAUUCUAUUGCAGGCUGUCACUAAGGUGGGUUGCCAUUUCGAGGGCGACCUAAAUUUGCUUCAACUGAGGCUAAGGGAGGAGCUUUCUGGAAAGAAGUUUUUGAUUGUUUUAGAUGAUGUUUGGAAUGAGAACUAUGAAAGGUGGGAUGUUCUACGUAGACCCUUCAUGGCGGGAGCAGCUGGUAGCAAAGUACUUGUAACGACUCGAAGUGAAAGGGUUGCAUCUAUCAUGACAACGUGUGGGGUAUACCAUUUGCAGGCCUUGUCUGAUGAUGCUUGCCUUUCACUGUUUGCCAGACAUGCUCUUCGAGCUAGUAAUUUUGAUGGACACCCAAAUCUAAAAGGAAUUGGUGAGGCGAUCGUGAAGAAGUGCAAAGGAUUACCACUGGCAGCCAAGACACUAGGUGGGCUCCUGCGUGGUAAAGUAAAUUAUGAUGAGUGGGAAGGUAUGCUGAGGAGCAAAAUAUGGGACAUACCAGGAGAAAGAGGUGGCAUCGUUCCUGCUCUAAAGUUGAGUUACCAUCAUCUUCCUUCCCAUUUGAAGCGAUGCUUUGCCUAUUGUGCUCUUUUUCCAAAAGACUAUGAAUUUGACAAGAAUGAGCUGGUUCUACUGUGGAUGGCCGAAGGUUUGAUACAACAAGCCAAGGAAGAAAAGCAACUGUGGGACCUAGGUCUUGCAUAUUUUCAUGAUUUGCUUUCAAGGUCUUUUUUCCAACUGUCAAAUAGCAACAAAACAUUGUUUGUUAUGCACGACCUUAUAAAUGAUCUAGCUCAAUCUGUUGCUGGAGAAAUGUGCUUUCAUUUUGAGGAUAACUGUGGAGAUAAACUGCCUGCAAGUAUUAAAAAGCUUCGUCAUUUGUCAUUCACUCGCCACCAAUAUGACAUUUUCAGAAGAUUUGAGUUAUUUGAUCUAGCAAAGUCUUUACGGACUUUCGUAGCUUUACCAAUUGAUACAUCAUCUUCAACAGCAUGCUGUCACUUGAGCAAGGAUGUGUUGCAGGAGUUGGUGGCAGAAUUAAGAUACUUAAGAGUGCUAUGUUUGAGUGGCUACUGCAUCGACAAACUACCAUAUUCUAUUGGUCAUUUGGAGCACUUGAGGUACCUUAAUUUGUCAUACACCAAAAUUAAACAGUUACCAGAAUCUGUGGGUUCCUUACUCAACUUACAAACAUUUUUAUUGCGUGGCUGCAAGGAGCUUACUAAAUUGCCACAAGGUAUUGAAAAUCUGAUUAAUCUUCUUGUUCUUGAUCUCACUGAUACUGAGAAAUUAGUGGAGAUGCCACUGCAUAUUGGUAAUUUGAAAAACCUUCAAAUUUUGUCCAAAUUCAUUGUGGGAAAGGACAAUCAAUUUGGCAUUAAAGAAUUGAAGGACUUGAUACAUCUAACAGGGGAGUUUUGCAUUAUGGGGUUGGAAAAUGUGGUGGACAUUCGAGAUGCUAGGCUUUCUAAUCUAAUGGAUAAGCAGUGUCUUGAUGCCUUAGAUUUGAAAUGGAGUGAGUUCCUUGAUUACCAAAGCGAAGAAGAUGGAAUGCAUGUUCUUGAAAUGCUACAACCUAAUAAGAAUUUGAAAAAACUUAGAAUUUCAUUUUAUGGUGGUAAAAACUUUCCAUCUUGGUUAGGAGAUCCCUCAUUAACUAAUGUUGUGGAAGUAAAACUCCAUAAUUGUAGAAGAAGCACGUCACUUCCAUCACUUGGAAAACUGCCAUCAUUGAAAACGUUGUCCAUCCAAGGCAUGAACAGAGUCAAAAAGGUGGGUUUUGAGUUAUAUGGAGAUGAUUUUCUGUCUACUAAGUGGUUUCCAUCCUUAGAAGUUCUUUGCUUUCGGAAUAUGUUAGAAUGGGAAUGCUGGUCUUCUCCUCAAGAAACUAAUGUGGAUUUGGAUGAUGGAUUUCCUUCUCUUCGUGAGCUUGUAAUUCAAAAUUGUCCAAAACUGAUUGGAAACCUACCAAGCUGCUUUCCUUCCCUUGUGAAGCUUAUCAUUAGUCACUGCCCAAAAUUGGGGGAUUCACUUACGAGCCUGCCCUCCCUUUGUGAAUUAAAAAUUGAAGAUUGCAACAAGGUAAGGCUGGAAAAUAUAGUUGACCUUACUUCCCUAACCACAUUGAGGAUUCAGGGCAUAAGGGACCUUUCAUGUCUGCCACAAGAGAUGCUAAAGUCUCUUGGUGCACUUCAAAUCCUAGAGAUUUCAAAUUGCACUGAGCUGAUAUAUUUGUGGCCGAAGGGCAUUGGGCUGAAAAACAUUGCUUCUCUUGAGCAUCUGAAAAUUAAAGGCUGCUCAGAAUUUGUGUCUCUAGUAGUAAAUGAGCAAGGUUGCUUGUCCACUCUUAGGCGUAUUAAGCUCAAAGAUUGUGCAGCUCUUAUAACCUUGCCUAAUUGGACGGCGUUGCCUAACUGCAGGACUACUGACUAUCUUCUUCAAGACUUGGAGAUUGAAGAAUGUCCUUCUCUCACAUCCUUUCCAAGAGGCAUCUUGCCUACCAGGUUGCAAAGGUUGAAAAUCCGAGGUUGUAGAGAUCUGCAGUCUUUACCUGAAGGAAUCAUGCAAAAUGAUAAGAGCACAAACAUGUCUCAUCUUGAGAGCUUGGAGAUUGAUGAUUGUCCCUCUCUAACUGGCUUUCCUGAAGGCAUAUUACCAUUUAGUCUUAAAACACUAAAGAUUUCAGAGUGCUCAAAGCUGGAGCCACUUUCAGAGGAGCUGCUACACAAGAAUGCAUCACUUGAAUACAUCGGUCUGUGGAAUUAUGCUACUCUUAGAUAUUUGCCUGAAUGCCUACAUUGCCUCGCACAUUUGACUGAGUUAUAUAUAAGUAGCUGUCCUGCUUUAAUCUCCUUCCCAGAGACAGGCCUCCCCCCCACCAUGAGAACAUUAGAAAUCUACAGGUGUGUCAAUCUUAAGUCUCUGCCAGAAAGGAUGCAAAAUCUUGCUUCUCUUCAAUAUCUAACAGUUUGUGACUGUCCGCGUCUUAUGACCUUUCCUAAAGGUGAUUUGCCUCCACAAUUAUUGUUACUUGAGGUCUGGGAUUGUAUAAAUCUGAAGGAGCCAAUGUCAGAAUGGAACUUAGAUUCUCUAACCUCUCUUAAAGAGCUCAACAUUGCUGGUGCCCCUAAUAUAACUUCCUUCCCGGAUGAAAAUUGUUUGCUUCCUACGAGCCUCACUUUGAUUUUCAUUGCAAGACUCAACAAUCUGGUAUCUCUAUCCUUGGGACUGCAAAACCUGACAUCUCUUGAAGAACUAGAAGUUGUUGACUGUCCAAAGCUGAGACACUUGCCAAGGGAAGGCCUUCCGGCAACACUUGGAAGACUUUGUAUCAGAAACUGUGAACAUCUAAAACGAAAAUGCUUGAAGAAGAAAGGAGCAUACUCAACGAGGAUAGCCCACAUCCCCAGUGUUGAGAUAGAAUGCUGCAUGAUUCUUCUGAUAAUAACCUUUUCACUGCAAUUGCAGAUUAAAUUCAAAAAGGGACAGCAGAUGUUCAAUGAACUCUUGCAACAUGUUUUUGGGAUUUCACAUUUUCUACAUACCGAUGGAAGGAACAUCAGUGAUGCCCAAAUACAUUUGUUCAAGAUAAAGCUACAGCCUACAAGAUUGGAAGAAUAUCUAGAGAGUGAAAAUCCAUAAUCGUUACCUCUAAUGCUCAUGUCAUGGGGACCUUCUUUCUCAUAACUUUAUGCUUACAUUAAUCAAAGUCAAUCCCAAAAGAAUUUGGAAUAAAGAAGUCUGCAGUUUGAUACAUCCUGAAUUCUGUUUUUGAUUAUGAGCUCUGUGAACUCUGUUUAUUUCAUUUCCGGGCAAAUAGAUUUGAAUUUCUUGC